GCGAGGAGGGGCGGCCUCACUCGGCGGUGGGUCCGCGCUGGCCUGGUUUGCGGCUCCGCAUGCUUGCCCGCGCAUGGGCCUGUAACGGCGGCCCCGCGGCCGGAGGAGCGCGCUGGGGCGCCCCGUCUCGAGGGGCCUCGGCGCCUUCGGGUCAGGCCGCCGCACGCCGGCCAGGCACCCUGCGAGCGGGAAAUGGAGUCGGCGGCUGUGGCGGGACGCGGGGAAGGGCCCCUCGGGCGGCUCAGAGUGCCUAGCGCGCUGGGGGAGGAGGGCGAUCCCGUCCCGCCUCAGGUCCUGCGGCCCUUGUUGGGGUCGAGUCUUGCAGCACGGAGUCCUUUGCGGGACUGGAAAAGUUUUCUCGAUUUGUAGAAACUAAUUUUGCGUGCAAGCGUAAGAGGGUGUUUGGCAUCUUGCGUAGUUUGCUUCAUGGUGCUCGGCCAGAUCUGUUCUUAAAACGUUGUAGCCAUGACUAAGAGACAGGCAGAGGAGCUGAUAGAAAUAAAAAUUGAGGGAACUGAGAAACAAGAAUGCACUGAAGAAAGCGUCGUUGAGCAAACAUACACCACAGCAGAAUUUGUGAGUCAAGCUAUUGAUAUCAAUGAACCAAUUGGAAAUCUUAAGAAGUUGCUGGAACCUAGACUGCAGUGUUCCUUGGAUGCACAUGAAAUUUGCCUGCAAGAUAUCCAGCUGGACCCAGAUCGAAGUCUUUUUGAUCAAGGAGUGAAAACAGAUGGAACAGUGCAACUCAGUGUGCAAGUAAUAUCACGGCAAGGGAUAGAGCCCAAAUUAAACAUCCUUGAAAUUGUGAAACCUGUGGAGACUGUGGAGGUAGUGAUUGAUCCAGAUGCUCAUCAUGCAGAGGCUGAAGCUCACCUCGUUGAGGAAGCUCAAGUGAUAACCUUGGAUGGAACAAAACAUAUUACAACAAUUUCAGAUGAAACAUCUGAACAAGUGACACGAUGGGCUGCAGCGCUGGAAGGCUACCGGAAGGAGCAGGAACGCCUUGGAAUACCGUACGACCCAGUACAGUGGUCGACAGACCAGGUACUCCACUGGGUGGUGUGGGUAAUGAAGGAGUUCAGCAUGACUGACAUUGACCUCAACGCACUCAGCAUUCCUGGGCGAGAGCUCUGCAGCUUCAGUCAAGAAGACUUCUUCCAGCGUGUCCCACGAGGAGAAAUCCUUUGGAGCCAUUUGGAGCUUCUUCGAAAAUAUGUGUUGGCUAGCCAAGAACACUCUGGAGAAAUAGCAACUGUUACUAUUGAUCAGCCUGUGCAGAUUAUUCCAGCGUCAGUACAGCCUGCUACCCCAACCACCAUUAAAGUAAUCAACAGCAGUGCAAAGGCAGCUAAAGUACAGAGAUCUCCAAGGAUCUCUGGGGAAGAUAGAAGUUCCCCUGGGAACAGAACAGGAAACAAUGGCCAGAUCCAGUUAUGGCAGUUUUUAUUAGAACUUCUCACUGACAAAGAUGCUCGGGACUGUAUUUCUUGGGUUGGUGAUGAAGGAGAGUUUAAGUUGAAUCAACCUGAACUGGUCGCACAAAAAUGGGGACAGCGUAAAAACAAACCCACAAUGAAUUAUGAGAAGCUUAGUCGUGCUUUGAGGUAUUACUAUGAUGGAGAUAUGAUCUGCAAAGUGCAAGGUAAGAGGUUUGUGUACAAAUUUGUCUGCGACUUGAAAACUCUCAUUGGAUACAGUGCAGCAGAGUUGAAUCGGUUGGUCACAGAAUGUGAGCAGAAGAAACUAGCCAAGAUGCAGCUUCAUGGCAUUGCACAGCCAGUUACAGCAGUGGCACUAGCCACAGCAUCCCUGCAAACAGAGAAAGAUAAUUAAGCACUGGGACCUGAAAACGGGAGCCUUUCCUGUGUAGCCAGAGCAGUUGAUGCUCUUAACCGUUGUUGGAAUUGGAAACUACUUUUGUUUCUUGACAGUACAAUACAGAGCAUGGUUUUCUAUAAAGAACUGGGACUCUCAUAAAUUUCCAUCUUUUAUCAGCUUAUAUUUCAAUGUAAAUUAGGGGAUCACCACAACUUCUGCACCUUUGAGUCAGGACCUCUAUGGUAUGCAAUCUGAAAUUGGUGAGAAAGGUUGAACUGGUCAACACACUGUGUCCACAGGUGUGCAAAGUACUUUUUUGCAGCACUUUUAACAAAUGGGAAUAGCUACAGCAAGCAGGCUUGUCAGUUGUCUCAACUUUGUCAUGACCAGUCUUUUACACUCUGCUGAACUACCAAAUAGCAUUCGAUGCUUUCAAAGUUAAAACAUUUAGUAUUCUCAUUUAAUCAAGCAGAGCUGUAAGACACAUUAAAUGUUACAAAUUGUCCAGUUCUUUAAACAGCUUCUGUGUUUAUAAGCAAAGAAACUAAGACUAUACUGAACUGAAGGUUGGUGUUGAAGAAGGAGAUCCAGGUUUAGAUCUGGCUUAGGUGAAAAGCCUAUUAAGAGUAUUUCAUUGUAAUAUGUAGAUAUACAUAUAUGAGUGCAAGUACUUAACUGGUUUGAAUGACAUUGUUAAUGCUAGCCAAAUAGCAAAAAAAAAAAGGUAAACUUCUUGCUCUGGUAUUGCCUUCCCCAUCAGGUGGUUUGCAAACUUGAUAAAACAGCCCUCACCCAAAAGUAGUUUGUUACGGUGGGAGCAUUUUAAUGCUCUGAUCCGCAAGGUGCUUAUACUUGUAUAAUAAUCAACCUUAGUAACAGAAGACCUAAGUUAAUCACAGUCAGUAGUCCCUGCUCAGAAAAAAAAAUUGAAGUUGAAAAUAAUUUUACAGAGAACGGGUUUGAUUUCCAAAUUAGUGUACAGUCGACAUACAUUAAAAUACAAAUAUGUAUUUUGUAUUCAAAAUUAAUUAAUUUCUGAACUUCAGCUGAUGUUUUUGAAGCUUCAUAAGCCAAAAGCAUGCUCCAGAGCUGAAUGCAGUUUGAAGUCUGGGUAAAGAGAGAAAAAAAAAAUGUAUACUGAAUUCUGAGCUACAGAGAGUACUUUUGAGCUUUUGCAUUGAUGCCUAUGCCUUCUGAUGGCUGAAAAAGAUACCACUUUGGUUUUGCUUUUGCUAAUGUUAUCAUUUGCUAAUGUCAGUAACUCAUUACUAAACAGCAUAUUAUCUCACUAGUAUUUUCUAACUUUCUGUAAGUGCAGCCUCUUCUUAACAGUUAAAAUGCAAAUAGAUGAGGGAAAACUUUUAAUUCUGUGAGGGAAUGAGCUGCUCUUAAACAUGAAAUAAAAAAUGCUUGUGCAGUGGGGCUCUAAACAUGAAAUGUGUUUAUACUGAGUAGCAACAGCACCAGGCUUGCUGGCAGAGCAUAGAGAACACAGUCAUAUUAUUUUAAAGAUGCAUUGAGGGCAGAACUUUUUAUUUACAGGUUAGUGUUCACCUGCAGAUAAUUUUUGCAUGUAGUUCUAGCCUACCUUUUUCAUCAUCACCACGGUAAUAAGUGGGGGACGCUGCCAGAUUCUUUCAGGAAGUCUUAAUAUUGUUUUCAUUCUUGAGCUCUUAAAGCAUUCCAUCUACUGGGCUUGGUGGUUUUACUUUGUUUUUAAAAAGAUCUUAAGCCCUGAGCAAAAUGUGUACAUGUCACAAGAGGCCAACCACUAAACCAUUUAUUACCCUUAGAGUAAUUCAGUACCACCAGUUGGCAAGUGUUUGAGGUGACUUAUGCAAACAGUUCCAAGUUUGCUAACUAAGGACAAAAUGAAGCUGAUAAUUCAUUGACAGCAAGCAUGUAACACUGCUCCAUUGUUAAACAGAAGGCUAGUAGAAGCCACUAGUUCUAUUUAGCAGAGUUCAGGAGAAGCCUUUUUAGUUAAAACACAGUACAAAAAAAGUUUGAAAUAACAGCUUUCUAGAUCAAACUGGCCUGUGGGAGGAUAAGCUAACAGCAAAACUGAAAGGUAGUAUCAAUACUUCAUCCCCCUGAACGUUCCUGUUACAUGAUAAGGCCUCUAGGGGAAUCUUCUAAUAUCACACUUCCUUUGUAAAUACAUCCAAUUAUUAUUUUGCCGUUUUUCAAUAGCUUUGAUAGUCUUUGGGGUUCUUUGUUGUGGCAUCAUCUGCUUUUCUGCUGUGUUCUAAUUAGUGAAGAAGGGAUCUUUCAAAGUGGUGUAAAAUCACUGUCACAUUCUCUGUAUUUGAGGGAGAAAUCUGUGACUAACUUGAUGUCUUCAAUGAAAUAAUAAAAGAUGUAGAAUAUAUUGUCAGAGGUUGUUCUGUUGCUGCCAGAAGGAAAACAUAGAAAGAAUAUUCCCAGUUUUUUGUAAAAUUGAAGGGUUUUUGCAUACUUUUUAAAUAAAGACACUUAUACUCUGCUAAUAA